CUGCACUCUUGUUUCCUUUUAACUAACUAUUUUACCGAUGGCCAGCAUGUUAGGUGGUCCUUCCGGUGUCGCUUUACGUGCUAUCAAAGAAGAAGACGUGCAGAAGCGACGCAUUUCGUCGAAAAUAUGGUUAUGCUACUAUGACAUUUGUACGCUCCGUAUAGAUGCUAUAGUGAAUCCAAGCAAUCAAGCUCUUCAACCAGGCGGAGGAGCAAACGGGCAGAUUCAUCGAAAAGCUGGACCAAAGCUAUAUCAAGAAUGCAAAACUCUCAAAGGAUGCUCCAUUGGCGAAGCAAAAAUUACCAAGGGAUACCAACUACCAGCAAAACAUGUCAUUCACACAGUAGGACCUCGCAAUCAGGAAAAGCAAGUCCUAGCCCAGUGCUAUAUAAACUGCCUUCGAAAAUGUGAAACCAAUAAUUUGCGUGCCGUUGCAUUUCCAUGCAUAUCUACGGGCGCAUUCGGUUAUGACCACGAGCAAGCAGCCAAUGUGGCACUUUCCAAUGUUCGCGCUUACUUGAUGGCAGAUCUGGCUAAGGGAAAGAAUUCGUUCGACAAGAUUGUCUUUUGCGUUUUCUCUGAGCGCGACAAGAGUAUUUACGAAGGGUUAUUACCGGUCUAUUUUCCAGGCUUCUCGCGGCUGGAUUCUUCUUUCGUCAAAGCUUGAUGGCAAUAUACAUGAGAGGCAUACUGUAUACAGCCAUGCCGAUUGCAAUGGAUCUUACAACCAAUGACAUAUUUCUCCAGAUGUACGCUUUCUUGCGUGGCCCGUCAAUAUUUUAUACUUGUUAUACCAGAGCAAAUAAAGCGAGCAACAUGUACUCAUUGCAUUUGUUGAGGUACUUGGUUGUUAUGAUGGUGAUCUCUCCUAGAGAUAGUGUUCCCCUUAAUUGAUAUAGCUUACUAUGCUGUUUCACUUGAUGCUUUUGAUAGCAAA